AUGGCGGUCAAGAAAUACAAAAAAACUACACCUUUAACUGAAGAAGUGAUAGUGGAUAUGAUUAUCAAUUGGAAAUUAGGAGAGGAUUUAGACUCGGAUUCAGAUUCGGUUGAUGAAAAACCGGGAGAGUUAAGGCUGAAGCCUCAACCAAAACUCAAAAACAAGAUAAUAUUGCGCCGGAAGAACGAGGAAUCUGAAGGUAUGGCAGAGGCAAAAGUAAAGCUGACAGAACUGGAAGAGAUCUUUACAACAACUUCCAAUGAUAUGGAAUGGCAACAUAUUACUUUGUACCGUUGA